GCAGCUCAAACCGUUCUACCUUCCAAAGAUGUUUCCACUGGUGUCGCUCUGAAGUUCUUUGGUCAAUCGUUAGGAGGUGCCAUCUUUGUUACUGUUGGUCAAAGCGUGUUGAGCAACAAGUUGGUUAAGAAUUUAACGAAGAUUCCUGGCCUCUUGGCAUCUCAUCCAGGUUUUGAUCCAAGCCAGAUCGUUAGCUUGGGUGCUUUGGAACUUCAAGAAUAUUUCGGGCCGCAGUAUUCUGACGCGGUUAUUCUAGCUUUCAACAACUCGUUGGAUUCAGUAUUCCAGGUCGGCGCGAUUGUGUCUUGUUUGGCCUUGGUAGGAGCUCUUCUUGUGGAAUGGAAAAGUAUCAAAGGAGUGAAGAUUGAGAAGCCUGCACCAGGUUGA